AUGGAGGCGGCAUCUGCGCGCUACGCUGCGCGCGAUCGAUGGGGAGAGGCCGGACAUCCGGCUCCGUCACAGCUUCAACGCUUCAUCCAGGGCGCAUGCAGCCCCGAGAACUACGAGCCGAACCUGGCCCUGAACCUCGAGAUAUCUGACCUGAUCAAUUCCAAGAAAGGCUCGGCGCCCCGAGAGGCUGCGACCGCCAUCGUGAACUACAUCAACCACCGCAACCCCAACGUGGCGCUGCUCGCCCUCAACCUGCUCGACAUAUGCGUCAAGAACUGCGGCUACCCCUUUCACCUCCAGAUCAGCACCAAGGAGUUUCUCAAUGAGCUCGUGCGCAGGUUUCCUGAGCGACCGCCGAUCCGGCCUACCCGAGUUCAAAUGAAGAUUCUCGAGGCGAUUGAGGAGUGGAGGGGCACGAUAUGCGAGACGAGUAGAUACAAGGAGGAUCUUGGCUUCAUCCGAGACAUGCACCGGCUGCUGAGCUACAAGGGAUACACCUUUCCCGAAGUACGAAGAGAAGAUGCCGCAGUGCUGAACCCUAGCGAUAACCUGAAAUCGGCCGAGGAGAUGGAGGAGGAGGAGCGGGAAGCCCAGUCGGCCAAGCUGCAGGAGCUUAUUCGCAGGGGCACGCCCGAAGACCUUCAGGAGGCCAACCGGCUCAUGAAGAUCAUGGCGGGGUACGACACACGGUCCAAGGUGGACUAUCGCGCCAAGGCCGCUGAGGAGGUCAGCAAGAUCCAGGCCAAGGCCAGGCUGUUGGAGGAGAGACUGGAGAGUUUCAAGCCCGGUGAUAAAAUGCAAGACGGUGAUGUGUUCCAUGAACUCGCUUCGGCCCUGUCCAGUGCGCAGCCCAAGAUCCAGAAGAUGUGCGAGGAGGAGUCCGAUGACCACGAGGCUGUCGCCAAGCUCCUGGAGAUCAACGAUAGCAUACACAGGACUGUUGAACGAUACAGGCUCAUGAAGAAGGGAGAUGUGGACGGUGCGCAGAAGAUCGCAGCCGGAGCACCCGUCUCGACCACGACGGCGGGCAAAUCUGCCGCCAACGAGCUCUCCCUGAUCGAUUUUGACGCCGAGGCCGAGGCCGAAGCCGACGGAGCCCCCGCUCCAGGCCAAGCCAGCACGCAGCCGGGCGGUCUCGAGAACGAUCUUCUUGGUCUCAGCAUCGGCGAGCCGAGCACCUUUGGGCAAGGAGGUGGGAUAUCGCUGGGUUUUGGCGCCAAUGCGAAUGUGCCAGGACCUGCUCUGCUGUCGUCCAUGACGGAGAAUAACAGCGCCAAAGGCCCAGUCGCUUCUCCUUCGCCACCUGCAGGAGCCUUCUCGCCCUUUUCGACGUUCUCUUCUGCUUUGCCAGCGUCCCAGACGGGCACUCCCCAGCCAAACUAUCAGUCCUCGGCAUUCGCGCCCCCUCCUCAGCCCAGUUCGGACCCAUUCGCCUCGUUGAAGUCGCCCUCUCUUUCUUCCAAACCGAGCACCCCAGCUGCUGUCCAACAAGCUGGCCCCUCGGCUGUCGCUGGGGACGAAGACGAAUGGUCCUUCUCCUCGGCCCUGCCGCCCGAGGUUCCCUCGCAGCCCAAAGAGCACAGCCUGGUCGUGAGCAACUCCAUCGUCAAGAUCGACCUGCUUGCCAACCGUGGGUCGGCUGGCGGGAACGCGAUCGCCCUCCAGUUCUUCUUCUCGAACAACACGAUGCAAGCUGUGAACGAGUUGCACUUUCAGAUCGCAGUCACAAAGGGUUAUGAGUUGCAGAUGCAGCCACAGUCGGGGAGGACGCUUGAAGCGAAUCAAAAACAGGGUAUCACCCAGUCCAUGGAGGUCUGGCAUGCAGCUGGGUGUCCAAGAUCCAUGAGGCUCCAGCAUUUCAAGACCAACGUGCUGGACCCAUCAUUUUUCUUUCAUUACUACAAGGCAGUGUUCCGUUGUUUCUGCUCUGCUGAGCGCAUUAUUAGCAGCGGAGAAACACCAGAUAGCCACAGGGAGCUAUGGACUAUCUGCCCCCGGGCCGCGGCCGCGACCGCGACCACCGGGAAAGGCAUGACAGCUCUGGUGAGGGCAAAGAUCGACAGAGAAGCACAAGGAGAAGCGGCGAUGAUGGAGGAGACGACAGACACAAUCGACACCGCGAACACCGCCGACGCAGGUCAAGGACGCCAGAAUCGAAAGAGGGCAGGUCACAUCAUCGCGAGCACGAGCGCGAGAGGGACCGGAGCAGAGACCGAGACCGAGACCGAGACCAGGAUCGGCAGCGGGAGCGGGAUCGGAAUCGGAAUUCGUACAGAGAGAGAGAGCGGGCGAGGAUCGAAACGGUCGGCGCGGGACGACAGCCCCGGCGACGAAGCCCGACCAGUCAAGCGCGGCGGCCCGCUUCCGUCGCAGGCUGAUUCGUAUGCCCUCGUGACCACCGGCGAAGAGCCUGAGCCGCCCAAGGAGAAGGCCAAUUUUGGCAAUACCGGCAUCCUGGCCGCCGCUUCCAACGUCGUCACCCAGGCAGACGGGUCCACAAUCACGCUCAAAUACCACGAACCCCCAGAGGCGCGGAAGCCGCCGCCCAAGGACGAGUGGAAGCUCUUCGUCUUCAAGGGACCAGAGAUUGUGGACACGAUCGAGCUGAGCCUGCGCAGUUGCUGGCUGGUGGGCCGCGAAAGCGCCGUGGUCGACCUGCUUGCAGAGCACCCCAGCAUCAGCAAGCAGCAUGCCGUGAUCCAGUUCCGGUACAUCGAGAAACGCAACGAAUAUGGCGACAGGGUCGGCCGCGUCAGACCCUACCUGAUCGACCUUGAGAGUGCCAAUGGGUCAUUGCUCAACAAGGACAAGGUGCCAGGCAGCCGGUACCUAGAGCUCCGCGACAAGGACAUGGUCCAGUUCGGGCACAGCAGUCGAGAAUACGUGAUCAUGCUUGCGCCCAAGGCAUGA